AUGCAUUUCAAGGUCCUGGAGCAGCCUUUCAAGGUCCUGGAGCAGCCUUUCAAGGUCCUGGAGCAGCCUUUCAAGACCCUGGAGCAGCCUUUCAAGGUCCUGGAGCAGCCUUUCAAGGUCCUGGAGCAGCCUUUCAAGACCCUGGAGCAGCCUUUCAAGGUCCUGGAGCAGCCUUUCAAGGUCCUGGAGCAGACUUUCAAGGUCCUGGAGCAGCCUUUCAAGGUCCUGGAGCAGCCUUUCAAGGUCCUGGAGCGGCCUUUCAAGGCCCUGGAGCAGCCUUUCAAGGUCCUGGAGCAGCCUUUCAAGGUCCUGGAGUGGCCUUUCAAGGUUCUGGAGCAGCCUUUCAAGGUUCUGGAGCAGCCUUUCAAGGUCCUGGAGCAGCCUUUCAAGGUCCUGGAGCAGCCUUUCAAGGUCCUGGAGCAGCCUUUCAAGGUCCUGGAGCAGCCUUUCAAGUCGCUCCAGUGGUUUAUCAUUCUGCUGUUUUCACGCCUUGAAAAUCUGUGUUUGAAGCCUCAGCAACACGACACAUGCCUGAGCCUCGCACGCACUAGAGACUCUUCAGUCCACAGCAUUCAGACAAUAUCAGUUUGUGUUUGGUUUCAAUCCACCUUUAUCUGCAGGUUGUCCAUCACAUGA